CUCGUGCCGCUCUGGAGGGAUCUCUCUCUCUUUAGUAAAAGGAGAGCAAGUAGGAGAGUAUCACGUGACAAAGAAGAGCAAUUUUUCCGCUAAUUCUUGAUUUUUUCUGUCCGCUUAAAGUGGCGUCCGUACUCAAAAAGUUUGUGUUUUUUGUGUUUUAUCGUGCCCUUUUGCAUUUGCAUGGAAUUUAAGCAACACCCAAGGAAUUUAUUGGUGUAAAUUUGUAUCCUCUCGCUAAAUAUUGAAAGCUAUAAGCGAUGGAGUUUUACUGUGAAGAUCGUUUCAACAAUAUCCCCCCGGACGUUGAAUUCCAGCUAAAUGGCCACGACGCUGGUGAAUAUAUUGAGCCUUCCUCGGCUCUUGGGCCUGAGGAUUCAGGUUUAGAAUGGGAUGAGUUGGCGCGUGCAAUCGACAAAGAAGUACAUGGAUCCAAUGUGUCCAGCAAAUUGCCCACUAUUUGGGAUUGUACAAAAGCAGAGAUAGAGGAACUUCUGAGUGAAAUUUUCAACAAAACUACAAAGCAAUGUGACCUUCCGGAUGAUUCACCAACUCAGAAGGAAGAAAUUUGCCAUCACUCGUCGAUUCAGCCACUGCUGAAUAUAUCAUUUUGCAAUCCCCCAUUUGCACAAUCACCACCGGAAUCGGGAUACAGCAGCUGCUCUACUUCCGGACAAAAUAUCUUCAAUUGGAGCCCCACAAACUACAUGGAUCCCACAAAUCAAUCUACAGUGAUGGGCAUGGCAUAUCAAUGCUGGAGUGACGAUCAUCUUUACAGAAUCGAUAAUUUAUCCCCGAUGAAACCACACACCAUCGAUGCAUCUUGGAACGCCAGAGAUCAACCCUUCAUGGAAUACAAACGCAGGGCCAAGAAGGUAAAAGAGCAAAAACCUUAUUGUGUGUUUUGCAUGAACAAUAAGGAACCGUUUGAGACUUAUAUGAGUCAUAGCGUUAAGGAUGCCCGAGGAAAUGUUACAUGCCCUCGACUCUAUGCGUAUGUCUGCCCGCGAUGCUCUGCAAGUGGAAAUCAAGCACACACCAUCAAGUACUGCCCGGAAAAACCUAUCAUCACGCUAGAAAUGACCGAGAUGAUGAAUCAGAAAGGACACCGUCGUCGGGCACAUCCUCGUCCAAUUCUUGGGACUUCAUAAAGAUGACCGCGUUGUCUUUCAUUUCAGAUAAUUUCUUUUCAUGAAACUACAGGAACUCUUGUAAGAAAUACAAGACGAUUUUUUCUAUUAUCUUUUUUAUUAUAAAGUAUCAGAAAUCGCAUGUGAAGUAUUAUUCUCAUAUUAUUUUCAUUUUUUUUUCUUAAAAAAUUCCGAAACUAA